UGCGGCUGCGCACCUCCUUGGCGAAGGCCUCGGGACCCCCGCAGACCAGGACCUCGCGCAGUCCUUUUGGCGGCUCCGUAACUAGAUCACAAGGAUUCGUUAGUUCGGGGCUUCAAGUGGUUCGAUACAUUCCCGCAUCUACAGGAUUAACAUAGCGGCAAUGUAUCUUUGAGGUUGGGACAUUAAUGGAGGGUUUCAGAUACUUUUACCAAACCCCCAAAACAUAAACUCGGUUAAACUGAACAUCGAAAGCUAGUAAAACCAAAAUUAGCAUUAACAAACAAACGUAUCGAAUUGAUUAGGUGCGUUGAAUGAAAUUAGCUUUAUACCCAGAAAUGAUAAUUACAUAAUCCAAGGAAAGCGCCAAGCACACAACAUAUAUACGUAUAUUAACUUCUAUUCUGUGUCGGUCAGUGUUCCGAGUCGAGUGUAAUAUCUUUUGCAAUUCAGUUAGAGAGUAGCGACUGAAGAAUCGGAAAAAGGGUUAAGUCACCUUGGGAAACCCUUGUGGACAUAAACCGAAGUGACCAAUGAGCGUAUCCAAAAAGGCCGAAGGUGAAUGCUUUCCCAAGUCUAGCUACUCGUUAUUUGCAAUACAAUCAAGGUCAAUCCCCGGAGCCAAAAAUUCGAGAGUAUUUUUACUACAUUGACCAUGAGGGAAUGCUCUUCUUGGACGAUGCAAAAAUGAAAAACUUCACCAGCUGCUUUAAGGAAAAGGAUUUUCUCAGGUUCUUUUUCAACCGACUGCGGGUGAACAAAACGAAUAGAUAUGAAAGCGAGUUCCCGUUUAUUUCCCUUUGCGGACGGGAGAGGAAUUUUGUACGAUGCGACGAUACGCCUCUUGUGUUCACGGAACACUUGAUAAAGGACGAUAAAGAGGUGCUCAGCUAUGCGCACUCGGGUCAGGUCCUGACUCUGCCCUACGAGCCCCACAAACUGCACAUGGACCCGCGAAAUGGAAGGGUUUAUCACCCAACCACGCCACAGGUGGGUGGAAUCGGCCUGGUCCGCUCUAAGCUGGCCAUAGAACUUAGCCAGCACUUCGAGUUCCCGGCUGGUGAGGCUUCCCCCACUCAUUUUCAGUGGAACGGAGAGCGAUUGAAACUGGAGAACGAAUGGGUUAGCAACACCCAGCGAUUUCCCAUGAACGAGGAGUGUAUAUAAUCGAAUAACUUUAAUGGAGUAAAAUUGAGACAACGUUA